UGGAAGUGAAGAGAUGGCGACAAAGGAGUCUGUCCUGCCGCCCACCAAGACCUGCGAACUUGGGAUGCUGGAUUUUGUUAACGGAGUCAAAGAGGCAGCCCCUCCUUCCCCCUUUCCCUACAGCUCUAAAAAUAGCUGUUCCCGGGCGCUGGGGAGAGGCUCCGCCUCUGCUGUGGGUGGGGGUGAGAGGCACCGGAGACCCUGGGCUCUGAGCUACUACUGCGGUAGAGAGGCGUGCAGGAUCCCUGCACUCGACUAGCUGCGUCCGCGUGACUGGCAGCAUCCUCGGACUGCACUGCUGGAGAUGAGGAAGCAGGCUUUGGAGCUGAAGUACAUUGAGGAUUUAAGGACUCCAGCACUGACCCUGUCAUGAUUGGCUGUGAGCGCUUGCAGCCCUUCCGUUCUGCUGGAGAAAGCCCAGGUCCUCUUUCAGCUCCUUGGCCAGUGGCCUUGGUGGCCCUCUACCCCCGUGGUCAGCCCAGAGCCUCUCCUGCCCAUGCAGUACCCAGCAGCGGCUGUUGAGGGCCUUAGUGGCCCACUAUCUGGGGUCUACACACUCCCCACCUUCAAGUUCCAGCCUCGCCGUGAGAGCAUAGACUGGAGGCGCAUCAGCGCUGUGGACGUGGACCGUGUGGCCCGGGAGCUGGACGUGGCCACUCUGCAGGAGAACAUUGCUGGUGUCACCUUCUGUAACUUGGACCGAGAGGUGUGUAACCACUGUAGGCAGCCUGUGGACCCGGUGCUGCUCAAGGUGCUGCGCCUGGCACAGCUUAUCAUCGAGUACCUGCUGCACUGCCAGGACUGCCUAAGUGCCAGUGUGGCGCAGCUCGAAGCGCGGCUGCAGGCCAGCCUGGGCCAGCAGCAGCGCGGCCAGCAGGAGCUGGGGCGCCAGGCUGAUGAGCUCAGGGGUGUUCGGGAGGAGAGCCGGCGCCGGCGAAAGAUGAUCAGCACCCUGCAGCAGCUGCUUCUGCAGACGGGCGCCCACAGCUACCACACGUGCCAUUUGUGUGACAAGACAUUCAUGAAUGCCACCUUUCUCCGGGGCCACAUCCAGCGCAGGCAUGCAGGUGCGGCAGAAGUCGGAAAGCAGAAACAGGAGCAGCCACUGGUGGAGGUGCUGGAAGACCUUCGGGCCAAGCUCCAGUGGACCCAAGGGGAGCUGGAAGCCCAGAGAGAAGCUGAGCGGCAGCGGCAGGUCCAGGAAAUAGAGAUGGCUCGUCAGAGGGAAAUAGAAGCUAGAAAAAAGUUUGAUGAGUGGAAAGAAAAGGAGCGGAGCAAGCUUUAUGGGGAAAUAGACAAGUUGAAACAAUUAUUCUGGGAUGAAUUUAAAACGGUUGCCAACCAGAACUCCACACUAGAAGAGAAGCUGAAGGUGCUGCAGACCUACAGUAUGACUGAGUCCCACCUCGGGACUCUACGGGAUGAGGAGUCCGAGGAGCGACUCAAGCAGGCCCAGGAGCUCCAGGCCCUCCGAGAGAAGAUGGAAGUCCAGAAAGCAGAAUGGAAGAGAAAAAUGAAGGCACUGCACGAAGAGCGGGCGGCUGAGAGGAGAGAGAUGCGGGAGGAGAACGAGAGGCUCCAUGCCACCCUGUCUCAGGAUCAGAAGAAGGCAGCUGCCCAGUCGCAACGCCAUAUCAACGCCCUCCGUGCACAGCUUCAAGAACAGGCCAAGCUUAUUGCAUCCCAGGAGGAGACGAUCCAGACGUUGUCCCUCAGGAAGGCGGAGGAAGUCCAAGAGGUGCCAAAGGCUGUGGACACAGAGGAGGAGUCUUCUGAGGAAGAGCUGCAGAGCUCCCAUGAUGAGCAACGGAAGGUGUUAGCAGCUCUGAGGCAAAACCCCACUUGGCUGAAGCAGUUCCGGCCCAUCCUGGAAGACACCCUGGAAGAGAAGCUGGAAGGCAUGGGGAUAAAGAGGGACACAAAGGGAAUUUCAGCUCAGACUCUCCGACAGCUGGAGUCCCUGCUGAGAACCCAACGGGAGCAGACAGCUCGAAGCUUUCGUGAAUUUCGGAGUCUGAGGGAGAAACUCAAUAAGGAAGUGACCAGCAGGGUGAAGCAGAGGUGGGAGAGUACAGCUGGGGUGUCCCAGCCAGAAGGCCAGCCUCCAGUCAAAAGUCAGCGGACCACACUGGCCACAAGGGAGGCCAGGCCAAAGACCAGGACCCUGAGUGUGGUACUGCCAUCCAAGCCAGCAGAGCCUUCUACACCAGCUCGUCCGAGCCAUAGCAGCCAUGGCCCUGGCCUCCCCCAGGUGUCCACCCCCAUUCCACGCCCCAGAGUGCAUGGACCCUCCAGUACCCCUGUUUCCCCUGGGCCCGGGCUGAGCAGUACCCCUCCUUUUAGUUCUGAAGAGGAGCCGGAAGAAGACGUUGUACAGCGUGUGUCUCUUCAGCCCCCCAAAGUUCUUUCCAGGUCUGCACCCCAGCCGGAGGGCAAUUGGAGCUGGUCUGACUCUGAGACCUCAGAGGAGAGUGCCCAGCCCUCUGGCAAGGGCUCUGGUGGGCUGGCUUCCUCAGGAACUCUGGUGCAGUCGAUGGUCAAAAACCUUGAGAAGCAGCUUGAAACGCCAGUGAAGAAGCCCUCCGGAGGGGUCAGCAUGUUCUUAAGGCCCAACGCUGCUCUUCAGAGGUCUUCCACGCCAGCAAGGAAGUCUCAGCUUUCUGAGGAUGAGAGUGACUUGGAGAUCUCUUCCUUGGAAGAUCUCUCCCAGGACCUGGACCAGAGAGGAAAGCCAAAGCCGUUGUCCCAGCCAAAGCUCCCAGAGAAGUUGGAUGCCAGCCCUUGGAGCUCUGGCCGACCUCGGGUUCCUGGCUGGUGAUUCUGCGUAUGGUUGCCAGAGGGCUUAGCCUCGGUACCUGGCUCGGCUCAACCUAACAGAAGAGACGGUUAGGCCUCUUGCUCCCACCAGCAGCCAAGAAGUCUUUCCCGUGAGGAGAAGCAGAGCAGGAGAUAGACGGGACCUCUAUGUCUUCUCUGUGUAUGGACUGCUACCUCAGAGGGCCCUGGUCCUGCCGCUAUCACAAGGGACUGGGUCCUGGAGUGGUGUCGUGUGCAAAUGGAAGAAGGAUUGUAACAGGACCUCCAAGUGUUUCUUCCGGGGUGCCCAUGUCCAGUGCAGUCUUACAGGAGGUGCUGUUUGUAGUCUGCAGGUCACUGUGGGGAUGGGUCCUGCGUAGUCACUAGUUCCCUACUCUGUGCUGCGCUACUGAGUUGGGGUGCAGACAGAGGUAGGAGGUGCGAAGUGUCUGCUGCCAGGGCCAAGUACAGUAAUCUAGGGCUAGACAUUACAGUCUUAGGUGGGCAUGGGAAAGGCCUGUCCUAAUUCUAUUCCUGUUGCCAGGAUAAAGCACUGACCAAAAGCAACUUACAGGAGGAAAGACUUGGUUGGGUUUAUAGUUCCAGGUCACAGCUUAUCACAGAGAGGCAAAGGCUGGAACCUGAAGGUAGAGCUGCUUGCUGUUCCCCGCAGCAUUACCUCUGACCAAGGAAGUCACUUCACAGCCAAAGAAGCAUAGCAGGAACCGUGGAGGGUGCUGCCUGCUAACUGGCUCACAGCUGUACAUACUCAGCUCAUUCAUACGGUUCAGGACCGCUUGCCUACGGAAGGUACCGCUCACUGUAGGCUGGGUUCUACACCCAUGAACAACCAGGACAGUCCCUCACACACGCUGCCCUCAAGCAGUCCCUCCACUGAGGCUCUCCUUUUGGACAGUUCUCUGUUGUGACAAAUUGAUGUUUAGACCUAAUCUGGACACCUUCCAGCCCAGACCAGGAUGACCCUGGAGAAAUUCCCUGAGUUGUGACACCGGGUGGAGCUUGUUCACGGGCAAGAAGAGAGAGCAGUUUGGAUGGAGCCUCUUGUCCCCAUAGAACCACAAAUUUAAUUUUUGAGAUCAUUUCUGAUAUGAGUUUUUAUAUAUAGCUUUUUUAUAUGACUAAAUUUUUUUUGGAGGAGGAAGUUGAGGUUUUUUUUUUUUUUUUUUGACAGGGUUUCCCUGUGUAGCUCUGGCUGUCCUGGAACUCUCUAUAGAGCAGGCUGGCCUUGAACUCAGCUUGCUUCUGCCUCCCAAGUGCUGAGAUGAAAGGUGUAUAUGGUGUCACAUGACUUAGAGUGUAUUUUUUUUAGUAUGAAGACAUUUAUUUAUUAUAGUGAACAUUUAAAUAUAGAAUGAUA